UCAAUUUGGUACUUAUUCCAAAAUCCGCCUUCUUUUCAUUCACUUCCUGGACCGGCGAGAAGGGUAAAUCCCCGCCGCGUAGAAACUAGAUCACCAAGAAACGCCAUUACAAUACUGCAAUCCGCUGAUUUUUGAGAUUGUUGAAUCUGAGCUGCAAGGGUCAUUGAUUGCUUGAUGAAUCUUUUUCCAUCAUCGCCGAACUCUUCAUUUGUGCAUGGAGUCUUCACCGCUAUUCGAUGCCCUACGAUGAUUAGAAAUUCUUCCGCCAUUAUCAACUCAGGUCAGCUUCUUAUCGUCCUUGGAUUCAGGCUCAGAUUCACAUUUACACUGGCACUUAAGUUCUUCACCUCAACUACUGCUUCUCUUCCACAAAGCCUUCCUGUAGAACAUGAUGUACCGGCGCAGCUUUUUUCCAUUCUUUCUCGCCUCGAUUGGCAAAAGCAUCCUUCUCUGAAAAUUUUGAUCCCUUCUAUUGCGCCAUCCCAUGUAUCUUCCCUUUUUGCCCUCAAUCUCGAUCCCAAAACUGCUCUGGCGUUUUUCAAUUGGAUCGAACAGAAGCAUGGAUUCAAACACAAUGUUCAAUCCUAUGUUUCUAUUUUAAAUAUCCUCGUUCCCAAUGGGUACCUCCGCAUUGCUGAAAAACUGCGAAUUUCAAUGAUUAAGUCGACGAAUUCCGCAGAAAAUGCGCUGUUCGUGUUGGAAAUGCUGCGGAGCAUGAACCGCCGGGGGGAUGAUUUAAGAUUUAAGCUUACUCUUAAAAGCUAUAACAUGCUCUUGAUGUUGUUGUCGAGGUUUCUCAUGAUUGAUGAAAUGAAAAAUGUGUAUUUGGAGAUGUUGGAUGACAUGGUUUCGCCGAAUAUGUACACGCUCAAUACAAUGGUAAAUGGAUAUUGUAAGUUGGGUAAUGUAGUUGAAGCAGAGUUGUACGUCAGUAAGAUAGUGCAAACCGGUUUAUGUUUGGAUACAUUUACUUAUACGUCUUUGAUAUUAGGAUAUUGUAGGAAUAAAAAUGUAGAUGGUGCAAAUAAAAUUUUUCUGUCAAUGCCAAGUAAAGGUUGCCGCAGAAACGAGGUUUCUUAUACUAAUUUGAUUCAUGGGUUUUGUGAAGCCAGGAGGAUUGAUGAAGCUCUGAAAUUGCUCUCACAAAUGCAUGAGGAUAAUUGUUGGCCGACUGUUCGUACAUAUACAGUUAUCAUAUGUGCAUUGUGUCAAAUGGGCAGGAAAUCAGAAGCAUUUGAUGUGUUCAAGGAGAUGACUGAGAAGGGAUGUGAGCCAAAUGUACAUACCUAUACAGUCCUUAUUCAUAGUUUAUGCGAGGACAAUAAGUUUGAUGAUGCCAAGAAAUUGCUAGAUGGGAUGCUUGAGAAAGGAUUGGUUCCAAGUGUGGUCACUUACAAUGCCUUUAUUGAUGGUUAUUGCAAGAAAGGAAUGAGCACGAGUGCCUUGGAAAUUUUGAGCCUGAUGGAAUUGAAUAAUUGUAGUCCAAAUACUCGCACUUAUAAUGAAUUGAUAAUGGGAUUUUGCAGGGCAAAGAAUGUCCACAAGGCCAUGUUACUUCUUCAUAAAAUGCUUGAGCUGAAGCUUCAACCAGAUGUAGUUACCUACAACCUAUUAAUCCAUGGACAGUGCAAAGAAGGGCAUCUGGGUAGUGCUUAUAAGCUGCUCAGUUUGAUGAAUGAAAAUGGUUUGGUUCCUGAUGAAUGGACUUACAGUGUCUUCAUAGUCGUACUCUGUAAAAGGGGGAGGGUUGAAGAGGCUCGUUUUCUCUUUGACUCCCUAAAGGAGAAAGGCAUAAAGGCAAAUGAAGUAAUCUAUAGUGCAUUGAUUGAUGGCUAUUGCAAGGUCGAAAAAGUCAGUGACGGUCAUUCAUUGCUUGAUAAAAUGCUUAGUGAUGGAUGCGUUCCAAAUUCAAUUACUUAUAAUUCCUUGAUAGAUGGACAUUGCAAAGAGAAAAAUUUUCAAGAAGCUCUUUUACUUGUGGAAAUAAUGAUAAAGAGAGACAUUAAGCCUACUGCUGAUACUUACACCAUUCUUAUAAAAAAUUUAUUAAAAGAUGGUGAGUUUGACCGUGCCCAUCAGAUGUUUGAUCAAAUGCUUUCCGCAGGUUCUCAUCCUGAUGUAGUUAUCUAUACUGUAUUUAUUCAUGCAUAUUGUAGCCUGGGUAGAUUACAAGACGCGGAGUUAUUUCUUCAUAAAAUGAAUGAAAAAGGAAUAUUGCCAGACGCUCUGCUUUAUUCAUUAUUGAUUGACGCAUAUGGAUGGUCUGGAUCAAUUGAAAUUGCUUUUGACAUUUUGAAGCGUAUGCAUGAUGUCGGUUGUGAGCCGUCUUUCUACACAUAUUCUUAUUUAAUUAAACAUCUAUUAAGUGCAAAGCUGAUAGAAGUAAAUAGCAGUACAGAGUUGGGUGACUUGUCAUCAGGGGUGGUUUCCAAUGAUUUUGCCAACUUAUGGAGGAGAGUAGAUUAUGAAUUUGCUUUGGAGUUGUUUGAGGGAAUGGUCAAGCAAGGCUGUGCACCUAAUGCUAAUACUUAUGGCAAGUUUAUUUCAGGUCUUUGCAAGGUGGGAUGCUUGGAAGUAGGCCGCAGGUUGUUUGAUCAUAUGAAAGAAAAAGGACUAUCGCCUAAUGAAGACAUUUAUAACUCUCUUCUUUGUUGUUCGUGUCAAUUAGGAUUGUAUGAAAAAGCAAUAAGGUGGUUAGAUGGCAUGGUAGAGCAUGGAUAUUUACCACAUUUAGAUUCUUGCAAGCUGCUGCUCUGUGGCUUGUUUGACGAAGGAAGUAACGAGAAAGCAAAAACAGUGUUUCAUAGUUUACUUCAGUGUGGGUAUAAUUAUGAUGAAAUUGCUUGGAAAUUACUUAUUGAUGGCUUACUUCAGAAGGGCCUUGUUGAUAAAUGCUCUGAACUAUUUGGCAUCAUGGAGAGACAAGGUUGCCAAAUUCAUCCCAAGACAUAUAGCAUGUUGAUUGAGGGAUUUGAUGGUAUUCAGGAUAUAGAUUAAUCAUUUACAGGUUCAAGGAGGACAACACUAUUUUUAUCUUUGAGUGGUGUAAACUGAUGAAUUGCAAAUUCCUUACCCACUUGGCCUCUGGAUACUUUAUCACCUUUGCAAGUAACUUCUCUGGUGAGUGAUGGUGAUGUUGCUCAGUGAAGGGUGCGCAUGUUGAUUUCUUGGGUACAAUAUUACGGGAAAUAGCGUCUUAAUGAGUAAAACUUCAGCAACAAUGGGAAG